AUGUCCUCACGUUCAAGUCCAACGGUGUCCAACUCAACAUCACUCAGCGACGGCCACAUCAGUGAUAAAAAUAAGCUUACUAAAACGGAGGAUUUAAUUGAUGAAAGAGACAGAAAAUUAACCGAACUCUACUGCGUAUCCCGCCUGAACCAGCUGCUAGAAUUGACGGAUGAGAACAAACUCCGGAAGGAAAUAGAUGGGUUUCUGAAGAAAAAUGACAUACGAAGGGGUAUAAGGUUUGAUGACGCAUCACUGCCGAAAUUUUUACAUUCAGCUAUGACUCCCACAGCAAAGAAGAAAUCUAAGGAGGCAAAUCUGAUAAGUAUAUCUAACCAGACACUAUCCGAUUCGAAAAUAGGUAAAGAACCACUAGGUAGUAGCGAAAAGAUAUCGGUCAAAUCAGAGAAUCAUUUUAUAACAAACCACGAUAAUUCAAUUCGUGAAAAUAUGAUGAAAACUUUAACGCCAGUUGAAAAGGCAGGAGGUACGUGGAACAAAAGGCCACUUGAGUCAACCAUGGGAAGCGAAGAACAGCGGCAUGAGAAAAGGCAGAAGAUGCAAUCCCAAUCUUUGGAAUCCUCUAAUAAUUCAGAAAUAACUUCACUACCUAUUUCUCCACGUCCACCAGUGCCUGAUGCAUUAGCGCAUUAUACUUAUUAUGAGGACAUCGAAUACCCACCAGCAGAUCCCACUACGGUGCAGCCUGCAAUGAGAUUUAGGGAUCCAUUGAUAAAGAACAUUAUGGAAAAAGGGAUAGAGACAUCAGAUCACUAUAACGAGAACAAUGUUGACGCAUCGGAGACCCUUUUUUUAUUAAUGAACGAUUACAUUCCCUCAAAAAUACCCCAGGCUUUGCCCUUAGCAGAAUUGAAGUACAUGUCACAAACCCUGCCUCUUAUUAAUCUAAUACCGAGGGCUCACAAAGCUUUAACCACUAAUAUUAUAAAUAAUGCCCUAAACGAGGCCAGGAUUACUGUUGUUGGCUCACGAAUAGAAGAACUAAGAAGACUUGGAUUGUGGUCUUUAAGGCAACCUAAGAGAUUCAUUGAUCCAUGGAAACAACAUAAUACGCAUCAAAACACACUUUUGGAAGAAGCCAAAUGGAUGCAAGCUGAUUUCAAAGAGGGUCAUAAAUAUAAAGUGGCUACCUGUACCGCAAUAGCGCAGGCAAUGAGGGAUUACUGGAUUUAUGGGGAAAUAUGCUGCGUAAAACGUAAAAUAGUUCUGACCAGCAAGGAAGAUACAUUAUUGAGCGACGGGCGCGUAUCUGAAAAGUCUGUUAGACCGUCGGAUAUUUCAACAAACGAUUCCGACAUUAACAUAGCUGGCAAGGAUGAUACUGAGGCCGCUAUAAACGUUGAUAAUACUACAACAAAAGAGUCUGCUGCUGCUACCAACUAUAGAAAUGGAAAUGGUAACAAUGAACCAAGACCUAGGAGUAAGCUUGAUUUUGUAGAUGGUUGUCUAGCUCAAAAAGCCGCUAAUUAUCAAGCCGUGCCUUCUAUUGACACCAAGUUACUUUUUAAAAAGCCAUCUUCCUCGAGCGAAAUUGUGUGUAUACAACAUGAUGUAGCUGCAUCAUCAGCAUUGAUUGGAACCGAAGAAUCAGAGAAAGAUCUAGCUCCCCCAUUUAAGCUUGCAAUCUUUGUUGACGAACUCAGCGCUUUUGAGAAAACAUUGGUACAGGAUUUACCCAUAUAUAGUGGUAUUAUUGAGGAACAGCCAAAAGGUGACGAUUCUUUACCAUUCAUUCCAAUUUCUAAAUCGGUUGUGUCAUUGGAUGAUAACGGCUUUUAUAAGUUGCUUGAGCGUCAAUUGAUUGACGAAGAACCAUCAAUAUCGCAGUUGAGCAAAAGACGUGGUAUGUUCUAUGGUAAUAGAAGAAAUCAUUAUUUAAGACCUCCAGCAGUACCUUCCUUGCGCUAUCUUCAAAACAGAACACCCACUAUAUGGUUAUCCGAGGAUGAUCAGGAACUGGUCAAGAAUAUUAACACAUAUGGUUACAACUGGGAAUUGAUUAGUGCACAUAUGACUCAUCGUCUCACAUAUUCUUAUUUAUCGAAUAUUGAACGUAGAACACCAUGGCAAUGUUUUGAGCGCUUUGUACAACUAAAUGAACGAUUUAAUUUUAGUGACCUCAAGGGUCCUAGAGCACAUAGUGCCCAACAGUGGUUGAUCGAAGCCCAUAAAUUUCAACAAAGACAGAAUAGAAGAAUAUCACCCUUAGGUGUAAAUACGGAAUCCAUACAAAGAGGUCAUAGAAGACUACGUUGGGCUAGCAUGUUUGAGGCCAUUAGAAAGUGUAUGAAAAAAAGAGAAAAUACACCGCGUCCCAAUCCAACCCAACCGAGGAAACCUUUAGACUGUAAAAAUAUGAAGGUUCCUACUCCAGCGGAAAUGUCGCUUUUAAAGGCACAAAGAGAUGAGGCGUUGAGAAGGGAUAUUCAAUUGAGAAGGACAGUGAAAAACAGGUUGCAACAGAGACAACAACAAAGUCAGCAGGCCCAUUCAUCCAGAGCUCAGAGUCCAGUACCUUCAAACGGCAAGUCUUCAAAUUUGGCUAGGGGUGGGCAAGCGUCGACUCUAAGACCAAGCCAGAAGCAGUAUACUGAGCAAGAUAUCAUUGAAAGCUACUCGAGAAAGUUGUUGGAGCAAAAACCCGAUAUUGGUCCUGAGAUGGCUCUGAAGGCGGCAAAAAACUACUAUAGAACCUUGAAAGAGCAACAGCAACAGCUAAAGCAGCACCAGAUACAACAGCAAAGGUUGCAGCUACAAGAGGACUCCAGCCAGGUGCAACACCUGCAGCAACUACAAACAGGAUCGCAGGCUCCACCGCCAAAAGCAUCUCCAUCUCAAUCUUCUCUUUCCAAUCUUUCUAACAUUAAUUCUGCUUCAAGGAUAAAGUCACCGACUCCACAGGAGAUUUUGCAAAGGUUUCAGAAACAGUGA